UCUUCCGCUUGUGUGUAGUUCAGUAAGUCUGGGACACGUUUGCUCCAUCUCAUGUCCAAUCUAACCAGGUUUCUCACGCAAAGAGGGCUACAGGGUGUAUAAAAGCCACAAGAAGCUGAGCUACAGCGCAUACUGAUCCAGCAGACACAACAUGGAAGCGCCGCCCGAGGAGGAGAAUUGGAGGGAUGAACAGCAGCAAGCAGCGGAAGACUCUCGGGUCUUUGAACCAGAAGAGGUUGAAUCUCAGAAAACGGUCCUGAUUGUGUAUGCCCACCAGAGCUUGGGCUCAUUCAACCAAGCAGUCCGGGAUACGGCCGCUAAGGAGCUAUCAAUGCAAGGCUAUCGGAUCAUCGUGUCGGACCUUUAUGCUAUGAACUUCGAAGCCAACUCCACACAGGAUGACAUAAUUGCUGUCUUUACUGUUAAUGUCACUGGAGAGAGCCUCAUUAUGUUGUUGGAAUACACCAGAGGCAUCUGUGAGCUGAAGUGCCAGGGUGAUUUAAAGAAUCCAGAGCUUUUCCAGUAUGGAGAGGAGACAUUGCACGCCUGGAAGGAGGGUCGCUUAAGUGAAGACAUUGUGGCCGAACAACGUAAAGUCGAAAAGGCUGAGCUCAUCAUCUUCCAGUUUCCUUUAUACUGGUUUAGUGUACCUGCCAUCAUGAAGGGAUGGAUGGACCGAGUGCUGACCCAGGGCUUUGCUUUCUCCCUGGAAAAGAUGUACAAUAACGGUAUUUUCAAGGACAAGAAAGCAAUGUUGUCCUUUACAACUGGAGCUACAGAAUCAAUGUUUCGCCCCGAUGGCAUCAAUGGAGACAUUAAUGUUGCACUGUGGCCUCUACAGAAUGGCACUCUGCACUUCUGUGGAUUUCAGGUCCUUGCUCCUCAGAUUUUCUGGGGUCCAGCUCAUUGCCCUGCUGUAGUUCGAGCUGCAAUGCUAGAAGAGUGGAGUGUGCGGCUCAAAGGACUGCUGCUUGAGAAGUCUCUGACUUUUGCACCAUCUGAAUGGUUUGACCUCACCUUUGAACAGGGGUUCUUGCUCCGAACAAAGGUGAAGGAGGAACAGAUGUCCAAUGCCUACGGGAUCACCACGGGACACCAUCUUGGCAAACUACUCCCGCCUGACAAUCAGACCAAAGCACAGCUCACAGAUGAAUAAAGCUCGUCAGUACAUGCCUUUAAUCACAGAUGGCUGUAACUCCGAAUAAAAUGUGCACGUGAAAGAGAGUCGAAGAAUCGCUCUAAUCAAUUUCCUGCACUGUUACUCUACUGGUGCUACUUCUUUUUGAAUGUAUUUAAUUUGAAUAAACAUAGUACAUUUAGUUAUCA